ACGAAAUAUUUUUGGCUGUUAACAUUGGCAUUUUUAUGGAAACAAGAAGCUUUAUUGACAAACUUCUCUUUUCUCGUAUAAAUUCUUGUUUUCUAAUAUGAUUUCAAACUCCUAGGUCUUUAGAUUAAAUUUUAUUAUUUAUAAUGGAAGAAUUACCUCUAAACUUCGAAAAAGAUACCUACUACCAUGAAAAGAGUAUUUGUCAAGCUCAGAUAUCAAAAUUUAAUGAGCAUAACAACCAAGAGAAAUUAACGAUUCACACUCAGUCUGGAGACGCAUGCAACGUGCUUUACUUCUUGAGAUCACUGAUAAAGGUUAAGUCUUCAAUCCUAAAUUGACCUCUAGUAGAAAACACUGUAAGUCCAUUGAGCUUAAUCCAUUUUUAUGAACAAGAUAUUCCGUAUAUUUUAUGCGAGGACACUGCAUUAUUGAUUUCGAGCAUCCCAACUAAAAUAAUUACUUAACAAAUCUAAUAGGAGAUUAAUAUAUGAGAUCAAGGAGAUAGCUACAAAAUAUUAGAUUCCAGAAUUGCUAGAUGAAAUAUCAUAAAUAUUAAUUAUAUCGGAAAUUUGGAAAAUCAAAAAAUACAACUUCCAAGAAAAAUAUUGUUCAAUUGCUUGUCAAGCACUCUGAAAACCGCCUUUAUAUCUAAUUUGUACAUCUCAAGUAGCAUGUUUCCUAUUAUUGUUACAUUUGGAAGACAUAUUAAGAUUAUUAACUUCUCAGGCUGUCAAUUUGGAGUAGGAAAAAUAAAACUAAAAGCUCACCAAAACACUUUAUCUCAAUUUUCAAAAGAAAAAGUAGAAGAAAACAGCAAUCCAAUUUCAGAAAAUAAAAUACAGAAAUGAGGUCUAAGCAAACUCACCUUUAACUUUUGCUGACUUCCUUCUAAAACAGAUCCAUGCCAAUUUUGGUCGAUUCUAGAAGGGUUAAAGAACUCUUGCCUGAUACUCAGCUUAAGACAUAUCACUGCUCAUUUCUCAGGUAUUGACGAAUACUAUGCCAAAGACUGCUUUAAAAAAUUACAGCUGGAUAGCAUCUAUAUGUCAGGAAAGGUUUCAGGUCAGAGAUUUCCAUAUUUUAUUCAUCCUAAAACCCCAGAUAGAGGUUCAUAAAUGUUGUGUUAAUCAAAGCUUCUAAUUUACCCAUAAAUAAUUGGCUGCUAGCCAUGACUUGUAUAUGAGCAAAUGCUUUGACUGCAAGCUUCCUGACAAACUGUGGUAAUAUAUACGUUUUAUC